AUGGGCGGUGUUCCAUCGAUUCCAACAGACCCCACAAGGUCACUAAAGAUCACUGGAGCAGGAUACUCAAGAACAGGAACCCUGUCGAUGGCACUUGCGCUCGAGAAGCUGCUCGAUGGUCCCGUGAUGCACGGCGGCUCACAGCUUCUUGGUCGAGAAGACCCCUACGUCAAGCUCUGGUCUCAGAUCUUCACCGCGCGCCACGAUAAACCCCGCCUCAAACUCCUGCGUGAAGCCACUGCUGGCUUCGUAGCCAUCACCGGUGCACUAGGAAACUGCUUCAUCGCGGAGCUACUUGAGCUUUAUCCAGACGCUGAAGUUUUAUGCGUGCGACGGAACCGGGCGACGUGGUGGAAGAGCUGGGAAUCAGUGACAAAGCAGGCUAGUGCGGGGUUCUUGAACUGGUUCCUUGCGCCUGUCCCGGGGAAAAGAUGGUAUCCGAAAUUUGUGACUCAAUUUCUGGAGCAGCAAGAGGAAAUAUGGGGUCCAAUGACGGAGAGAAGAAUGGACGAACACAACGAGUAUGUUAGGGAAGUGACGCCGCCUGAGAAAUUUCAUACGAUGGAGCUGAGCGAGGGAUGGGCUCCUUUGUGCAAGAUCCUGGGGACAAGCAUUCCGGACGAGCCUUUUCCUAGAGCUAACGAUGCAGAGGCUGUGGAGGGGUUAGCUGGUCAGAUCCUGCUAGAGGCAGGGUCUAGAUGGGCAGGGAUUUCUGCGGUGGUUGGGGUUGUGGGAUAUGGUGCGUGGCGGUUGUGGCAGAGCGCAUACUUCUGCCUAGGACAAACUAAUGUCUGA